AUGGCCCGUCUUCAGAUUCCUCUUGACGCCUUGACGUCGCGCUUCAACCUCUCCGACAGGUUCGCUGGAGUCCGCUCCCAGUCCCUCGCAACCCGCUUCUCCAAUCUCAGACCACUCUCGGAGUUCUUCGAUAUCAAGCGGGUUUCCAAGCCAGCCAACUUCAGCGAGGUCCAGAGCCGUGUCAAUUACAAUUUGAGCUACUUCUCCAGCAAUUACACCGUCGUCUUUGUCAUGCUCAGCAUUUACAGCCUGCUCACGAACCUCAUCCUUCUCUUCGUCAUUCUCCUGGCUAUUGGCGGCUCCUAUGGGAUUGGCAAGCUGGAGGGACGCGACCUGGAAAUCGGUGGCUUCCGUGCUACCACAUCCCAGCUCUACACUACACUACUCAUUAUCUGCGUGCCCCUUGGUCUCUGGGCUUCCCCACUAACCACUGCCCUUUGGCUCAUUGGAGCUACUGGAGUGACCGUUUUGGGUCACGCUUCGUUCAUGGACAAACCGAUCGAGAAUGCUUUUUCAGAGGAGGCGGUCUAG